AUGCCUGUUGCAUUGAUAUUAGAGUUUGGAGGUGCGGGCUAUAUAAUUCUCUUCAUGUUCCAUGUUUGCUUAGCCACAAGCAUAUUGGUGAUCAAUGUGUCUGUCCUGCUUGCUCUGCUGAUCAGAAGGUUUUUCCUGAAGGAGAACAGGUUCUUGUUCAUGUUGAGUACGUGUGUAAGUGAUUUGGGGACAGGCGUUUCCUGGUACUAUUCUGGCCUUUUCGAUGCCUUGGAUGCAUUCCCUCCGAGGAAUGGGACCUAUUACAUUGCUCCAACUUUCAUGGGGCUUUCCUACCUGGUCACCUUGGCAGCGCAAGCUGACCGAUACCACGCUGUCAUCUCGCCCUUUCGAUAUGCCAUGAGAAUGACCCGUGUCAAAACUGGGAUUGUCAUUGUCUGUCUGUGGAUCUACGCCUAUGCAGUCGUUGGCACACAGAACUUAGUCACCUCUACAAUUGGCAUGAAAAUCAGUGGCAUUGGCUCAUUGAUCUGCAACCUAAUAACAUACAUCAUCAUGAUAGUGUUGAACAUUAAGCUGUAUCUGAUUGCCAAAUACCAGCUGGAAAGAGAGCCACCCUCGGCAGAGAGAGAGAACAAGAGAAGCUCACUCUACCUCAUUAUCAUCGUGGCAAGUUGCUUUCUCACCUGCUGGAUGCCUAUCUUUCUAAACGUCAUCACUUGCUCAUUCUCACAACGCUUCUGCUUGAGAUUUAGAACUGAUGGCUUAGACCCUCUGAAAAUUCUGCCUCGAUUAAAUGCAGUGGUCACACCUGCUUUGUACAUCAGGGGAUGUGCCCCUUUGAAAGCGAUCGUGAUGACCAGAGUGUGGAAGUGCUGUCACAGAAUCAGUAGUCGGUGA